AAUUUUCUAAUCUUUUGUCUACGUCAUGCAUGAUGUAUAUGUAGCGAUUAGGAAGUGUAGGCUCGCUCUCUCACUAAAAGUAAUAAAUCUUACCGUCUUCUCAAAUCUCCAUUUCCUUCACUCUCUUCUGUCUCUGCGGUUUCAAGAUGCAUCUUGUUCUUCUUGUUUUGCUUGUCCCUCCUCUUAUCCUCCUCUUCAAAUUUGUGUGCUCAACCAUAUGGGUCCCACUGAGGACACAAAGGCACUUCCAAAAGCAGGGCAUAAGGGGCCCGGCCUACCGUCCGAUUUUCGGGAACUCGGCCAAGAUCCGCCGUCUGUUUGCAGAAGCUCAGUCAAAGCGAGGCGCAUUUGACCACGACAUCCUUCAACGCGCGUCCCCAUUUUACGACCGGUGGUCCCGCAUGUACGGGAAGAAUUUCCUGUACUGGUUUGGGCCGAAGCCCAGGCUGGCAAUAGUAGACCCCGAGAUGAUCAAAGAGGUGCUUAUGAAUACGAGCGGGUCGUUUCAAAAGAUACCCUUUACCCCAUUAACCAAGAUUCUAUUUGGAGAGGGCCUUGUUGGGCUCGAAGGCGACCAAUGGGCUUUUCACAGAAGGGUUGUGAAUCAGGCCUUCAAAAUGGAGAAAGUCAAGAGUUGGGUGCCAGAGAUUGUGGCUAGUACCAUGAAGAUGUUGGAGAAAUGGGAGGAUGUAAGAGGAGGGAGAGAUGAGUUUGAGAUGGAUGUGCACAAGGAACUUCAUGAGCUCUCAGCAGAUGUUAUAUCCAGGACAGCUUUUGGAAGCAGUUUCGAGGAGGGAAAGCGAGUUUUCAACUUACAAGAACAACAAAUGCAUCUUUUCUCCAAGGCAGUCCGGAGCAUCUACAUCCCUGGCUUCAGGUUUUUGCCUACCAAGAAUAACAGAGAGAGAUGGAGACUAGAUAAGGAAACUCGCGAAUCAAUACGGAUGUUGAUUGUGAAUAACCGCAAAACAAGAGAAGAUUCAAGAAAUCUGCUUAGUCUGUUAAUGUCUGCUUACAAGAAUCAGGAUGGUGAAGAGGAGAAAUUAGAGAUACAAGAAGUUAUUGAUGAAUGCAAGACCUUCUACUUUGCAGGAAAGGAAACAACUGCUAAUCUUUUGACUUGGGCACUUCUCCUUCUUGCGCUGCAUCCGGAAUGGCAAAGCAAGGCUCGAGAAGAAGUCAAUUGCGCUUGUGGAAGCAAUAAGCUUCCGGUUGCAGAGAAUUUGAAUGACCUUAAGAUUGUAAGUAUGAUAGUUAACGAAACACUUAGACUCUAUCCUCCGGCUGUGAUGCUAAUGAGGCAAACAUCAAACGAGGUUAAGCUUAUAUGGGGAGAAGAUGCCAAUGAAUUCAACCCGAUGAGGUUUUCGGAGUCUCGAAGGCAUUUAGCAUCAUAUUUUCCGUUUGGUCUGGGGCCUAGAAUCUGUGCAGGUCAAAAUUUAGCUUUGGUUGAAGCAAAACUGGUCUUAGCAAUCAUCAUCCGGCACUAUUCUGUCACGGUGUCACCUACAUAUGUUCAUGCUCCAAUGUUGUUUAUAAGUUUACAGCCCCAGUAUGGCGCUCAAAUCCUCUUCAGGAAGAUUCCAAACUGAAAUUUUGUUGGGGUUUAUAUGUCUUGUUGUACAUUAAAGCUCCUUGGAUGAAAUUAUGGAAAGAGAAAUAAUUGAAAGAA